AGUUUGCCGUUGACCGCGAUUUGCGACACCAGCACCCCAGAGCGCUAGAGAGACUGUAUCUGUGAACCUUUUGGCCAAGAGGAGACCUCUCCUCCUUUGCGUUUCUGGACCUCACUUUUCUCAUUUUCUUUAUUUUUACUUCUUCUUUUCUUUUUAUUUUACUGUGCAGUGAUUUUUUUGUGAUCCAAUUUCUAAAGUUUACGUCAGGAUAGUCAAUUUGUGUUUUGAUAAAUGCUAAAGGCCAAGUGAAUAGGAGGUCUGGAAAAUCGAUCCUGGCCAGAAGAAGGGCCAUUACUGGGUGAAAAAAAAGAAGGGCAAUCAGUGCCAGGAAAAGGGCAUAUUGGAUUUAUUGAGUGCAAGAGUCAAUCAUCCAGUGCAUGGUUUUUAAAAAAUCAUUAUAAUUCCACAGGCCAAUUCUCCAUAUUCUCCUCAACAUUAAAUGUAUGUGUUAAUUGCGUGUCUGUGUCACUGGAAGUGCCAUAACUUUUCCAAAUAAUUUAACCGUCAUAUAAAUGUUCUAUGGAGAACAUUUUCCAAGUGAAAUAAUUCUUGCAAAUAUCAUUAGGAGAGUGUUACGCAGAACGAAAUUUCUGCUGAAAACAUCACAGUGAAAUGUCUUAUCAAAUAGUUAGAAACACGUGAAAAACCUUCAAUCCUGGAAUCCCCGUUUUCUACAGGAGUACUUCCCGGAUAAAUUAUAAAACAUGGAAAUAGUGUGAAAAGUUCUUGUAGAUAGUGAGAGAGCUUUUUGCCUGGAGAGGGUGGCGUGGAAUAAGUGAAAGAAAACGGAGUUUUGUGAUUUGUGUCUCCCCAAUCGAUUCAUUUUCCCUGAUAUUUGCAUGCCCCCCAACCAGCUAAAUGACGAUGACCAGCACACCAGUCUCCACAUCCUCCCACACUACAGACCAUCAAUAAUGCCCGCCCUGGGUCGUCGUUUUGUGGAAAUCGCCAUGAUUUUCAUUUGCAUCUGGAAUGAAGUGGUCGCCAAGAAGAAUAUAACAAUCCGACCGAGAUUUCUGCUGCCGGAAAACUAUGUGAAAGAAGUCCGUCCACCAACACGAAAAAACCAUCCAGUCGUUGUUGAAUUUAGCAUAUUUGUGGUGGACAUCAAUUCAAUCAAUGUGGAGGAUAUGGAUUUUCGGGUGGACAUGUUUGUGCACCAGAAGUGGCUGGAGUCGCGUCUCAAGCUCCACGAUGACAUCUUCGAGGAGGGCGACGACUACGUGACCCUAUCGAAUGAAUUCUUUGACAAUCUCUGGCAACCUGACCCCUACUUUCUCAACUCCAAAGUCGCAGAAAUCGCAACGCUCACGCACAAAUUCUCUUCGGUGACGCUUUAUCGCAACAAAACCGUCCGCUAUGCAGCCCGCAUGCACGCCAUAAUCGCCUGCCAGAUGGAGUUUCAGCUGUAUCCUAUGGACAUCCAGAUCUGCCCCAUCUAUAUCGAGAGCUUUUCCUACAGCAACCAAAAAGUUCGUCUCAAAUGGGCCGAUUCUGGCGUCACGCUCAAUCCUGAACUCAAGCUAUUGCAGUACAAUCUGGGCCAACCAUUGGAGCUGGAGGAGAGUGAUGGCUACAUGCCAGAGAAGGUCGGUAACUUCUCACGCCUCACCGUCUACUUUCGUUUUGAGCGCCAAAUUGGCCAUCAUCUCAUCCAGACUUUUGCACCAUCCUCCCUCGUCGUGAUGCUAUCUUGGUUCAGCUUCUGGCUCGGUCUGGAUGCCAUUCCGGGUCGAGUAACGCUGCUCGUGACCUGUAUGCUCACCCUCGUGACUAUGUUCACGGGCCUACGAGCGGAUAUUCCGCCUGUGGCUUACAUUAAGGCACUUGAUCUCUGGAUGGCCGGAUGUAUGAUGUUUGUUUUCUCAGCUCUUGGAGAAUUCGUAGUAGUGAAGGUACUGGACGUUCAGUAUCAAUAUCAAGCCAAUAGAAUGCCCAAAGUUAUUCCCAUGAGAAUCAGUGCGAUGGAGAAGGGUCAAUGCCAGACGGUGGCAAAUUGGGAAAGUGGUCAGGUGAGAUCACGAAAAGCUACACCAACAGCCACGACGCCGGGACAGCAAACAUCCCUCCAAGGCAAUGGAGGCCCACCGAAACCUACGAGGCGCCAGAGCCUUCUGUCCGUGGCCUGGACGGACACGGACACGGGUGUUGAGAAAAUCAUGUGGCGGGAAAUCGAUAAAAUGUCUCGCAUAAUCUUUCCUGCACUCUUCUUGGUCUUUGUCAUUCUCUACUGGCCGAUUCUCCUCAUGAAGUCAUCGUAGAUUCUUUAUUUUUAAUGUGAUAAAUGCUCUUUCUUAUUUACUAUUUACACCCCUCACAAAAAAAAUUAAUUAAAUCCCACUUUUCUCUCCACUUUCCACGCUCAUAACAAAAACAAAUGAGAUAAUUGCUGAGAACAACGCGAUUUCUGUUUCAUUCCCCUAACAUUAGCCAGACAAAUAACAAAACAACGAGAUUGCCUUCAAAAUUUAUAUAAACUUAACUUUAAUGAAUAAUAGCAUUAAAAUGACACACAUACAUAACACAAACACGCGAUUAUGAUAAGAAAUGGCGAGA